AUGGCUGGAAAACAUUAUUUUUGCCCACUUUGUAUUUCUUCAAAUGUUUUCCAAAAUUAUUCUUCUCUAUUUACACAUAUCCGCAAUGAACAUCGUGAAGAACCAUCAUUUAGCAUCCGUUGUGAAUUAACUGUACAUUGUGGAUCUCGUUAUUCAUCUUUUGAAAGUUAUCGAUGCCACAUUUACCGUUGUCAUCGCACUCUUAUCGAUUCAAUGGACAAUGAUGAUAUUGUCUCAUCAAAUAUUGAUGAUAUUUUGGAUGAUUUUGAAAAUACAUUUUCUCAUCCCACGUUUAAUAAUGACUCAGAUUUUAUUGCUGAUCCUGAAUCAUGUAUUUAUCCCGAUGAAGAACUCGAUGAUACAGAUCGCAUAUUUCUUGGACUCGAUCCCGUUUCCUUUUCUGUUACUGAUCAACAACUUGGUUUCAACAAUUUUGCACAAUUUUAUACCCGUUUCCUCCUCCAACUUCGUGAAUAUCAUCUUCUUCCUCAGAAAGUUGUGCAAUCUAUUUCAUCUAACAUUUGUAUUUUACUUGAUAUGAUUGUCAAAUUGAUUAAAACAAAAGCAUCAUCAUCCCUCAUGUCUGUUAAUGAUUUUGAAACCGCUUUCGCACACGUCAACUGGAUCAUUAAUUCAAUUAGUAAAAGCGAAUAUCAAUUCUUAAAACAGUGUAAGAAGCAUUUCGACUAUCAACCACCAACUGAAAUUGUACUAAAUACAAAUCAAGAACGUGCUUAUUAUAUUCCAUUGAAACAAAGCCUGUCUUAUAUGCUUCAGAAUGGAGAAUUAUUGCAGGCUAUAAUCGAUAAUAUAAAUUCUUUAUCAAGUCGUGCAGCUAAUGACAAUGACCUCAUUUUAUCAAAUCGACAAAGUCGUUCAGUUAAAUCAAAUAUCUCUCAAACAGACUCAAAUGCUUUAUUACUGAAAUUAUACACAGAUGGUAUUGGUAUUACUAAUCCAAUUGGUCCAAAAAAAGAUUCUCACAAAUUUACUUGUUUCUAUUAUCUGUUGGACGAUCUACCUGAAAUCGUUCGAUCACAAGUUAACUCAAUUGGUCUUCAUUGUAUCUCGUAUACAAAACAUUUGGACGACGCGAAUAGUCGAACGACCUUAUUGAACGUGCUUGUGGGAGAUCUUAAUAAACUUCAAACUGAAGUUAUAGCCAACAAUGGUCGUCAAAUUAUUCAAGGUGUGAAAAAUUCCGGGUGGUUUAAAGAUCUUAUUGGUUUUCAUCCAACUGAAUCAUUACCACCCGAUAUAAUGCAUGAUUUCGCAGAAGAGGAAGACAUUGAUGGCGAAACAGUGGCUUUACUUCAGCAAAAUGAUAUUGUACAAAUAUUUCCUCGAAUAAAAGAUCGUGUAAAAUUUAUUGAUUUACGUGCAAAAUUAAUCUUAAACUUAAUUGAACAAAAUGAAAAUAAGGGUGAAACAACAACUAAUUUAUUUAAUUUAACAUCAUCAUCAUCAUCCCGUCCUGUAGAUUCAUUACAAGAGAAUGAUAUACCAAGAGCAUCUGUUCUAAAUAAAAAUAGAGAACCAAAUGAUUCAAUUGAUCAAAUAAUAAAUCUUGAUCUUUCAUCAAGUAUUAGUUGUCCUGAUGAUAAUGAUGAUAUCGAUAAUAAAGCGAAAUUACCUGCAGAUUAUGAAGUUCCAGAUUUAACUAUGAGAAUGCAACAAUAUGUUGAUGAUACCAAUAUUUCAAAAUUUAAUCCACAUACAGCAAUGCGUAGUGAAUUAUUAUCGCUUCUCUUUGAUGAUGUAACAAAAUCACAUCAACUUCUUUAUCCGACAAAUGAAGAGUAUAUGACGAUGGCUAAAUGUUUGGUAAAGAAACUCCGUGUUCCUUCUACAUUAGUUCAUCGCGCAAUCAAAGAUUGGCAUGAAUCAAUUAAGCAGAAAUUCAAACGUGAACGUAAACCAUUACAAAUGAAUAAUAAUUUUGUGAAAGAGAGACAAGAUAAAUAUGGUAAUGGUAAAACAAAUGGUCGGCCGAAAAUAAAACCAAUGAUAAAUUUAGCGGAUCAAGAAAAUAAAAAUCUUUUAUCCGUAGGUGAUCAAAUGAAGAUGGAGUUACUUAAAGAUGAUCCUGAUCAUGAUAUGCUUCAUAAUCUUUGGCGGCAAUCAUUUAAUAUUCGUCGUUUAUGUAUUCGUGAGCUCACAAUUUAUGAAAUUCUAGAGCGCUUUCCUGGUUAUCGUCUUCCAGAAAUGAUCUUGGCUGAAGUACAAGAAUCUACUGGUCUGAAUAUCGACGAAAACGUGAAUGAAUUAUUGCCCAAGUUCUUCGAGCAUUUACCUGAUAAUAACUGUUUUCUGUCAGGUAAGAACUUGAGAAAAAAAAAUAUAAAAAAGAGAUUGAUGAGAAUGCUUGAAUGAACAUUGAUUCAAGGUUUUUGUAAAAAUGGUGUUAGUACGGUUCGUAUUUCUGGUAGAAUAGUUCCUGUGUCUUUGAGGGCUUCUGUUUAUUUUCCAUGAUA